AUGGACAUGAUAAAUUUUACUGUGAAUGGAGAACGCAUCAGCUUGUCUGGGUCUGAAGUGAAUCCAUUAACUUCGCUGAAUGACUACCUCAGGGACCACCUAGGCCUUGUGGGAACCAAGGCGAUGUGCCACGAGGGUGGUUGCGGCACAUGUGUUGUUUCAGCAACGAUAACUCAUCCCAGUAGUAAGGAGAAACAGAUUAUGUCUGUGAACUCGUGUCUAGUGCACGUUCUCUCUUGUCACGAAUGGGAUAUUACAACAGUAGAGGGAUUGGGGAAUAAAAAAGUAGGAUAUAAUGAAGUGCAGACAAAGUUGGCUGCUUACAAUGGCACCCAGUGUGGGUAUUGUACACCCGGAUGGGUCAUGAGCAUGUACAGUUUGUACGAGGGGUCACAGAAGAAACUUACAAAAAGACAAAUAGAAAGAUCGUUCGCUGGUAACCUCUGUCGCUGUACUGGUUAUCGGCCUAUUUUAGAUGCGUUAAAGUCAUUCGCUACAGACGCCGACACUAAAGAUAAAAUUGAGGAUUUAGAAGACCUUGAUCAUUUGAAAUGUGCUAAAAAAUGUUUGAAUAAAAACACUGUCGAAGACGAUUGGUGUAUCUUAGAUAACAAUUGUGAAACUUUAUUGAGUGUUGAUUUAAAUAAAAAUAAGUGGUACAAAGCUUAUACUGUCGAUGAUGUUUUUAAGGUAUUACAGAAAGAGGGCACAGAUAAUUAUAGAUUAGUGGCGGGAAACACUGGGAAAGGAGUGUAUCCAGUAGCACAAGAGCCCCGAGUCUUUAUCGACAUAGCAUCAAUAAGCGCGUUGAAAAACGUAUAUAUAGAUGAAAACUUAGUUCUGGGCGCAGGUCUCUCAUUAAACGAAACCAUGGCGAUAUUCCAGGAUCAAAUGAAAAAUGACGAUUUUUCGUACUUGAAGCAAUUAUACGAUCACCUGGAACUAGUCGCUAAUGUACCUGUCAAAAAUAUAGGAACCAUCGGCGGUAACUUGGCUAUGAAAAAUGUGCACCCCUUCUUCGCAUCUGAUGUAUUCCUUAUAUUUGAAAUAGUUAAUGCCACUGUGACGUUAGAGGAUAUAAAUUCACAGACGUUAGAAGUUAAUCUACCGACGUUUUUGAGAACUGAUCUUAGCGAUAAGAUAAUUUUGAACGUCAAGAUACCACCUUUGAAUAGCAACCACUUGAUAAGGAGUUACAAGAUAAUGGAUCGCGCACAAAAUACACAUGCUGUAAUCAACGGUGGAUUUCAUUUCCAUAUAGACAACAAUAAAAAUAUACUCUCUUCAAAUAUUGUAUAUGGCUCCAUAACUACAAAUUACAUUCAUGCAAGAACAGUUGAGGACGCUCUCGUAGGACUCCCGCUGUUUAACGAAGACACCCUGACAACAGCGCUUGUUAAGUUACAAGGGGAUGUUGUUCCUUUGGAAGUUCCUCCGGAACCGUCGCCAUUUAGCAGGAAAGCCAUUGCUUUAGGAUUAUUUUAUAAGGCCAUCCUCUCUUUGAGUCCUUCGGUGAAUCCAAGAUACAAAUCUGGAGGUGAUGUGCUAUUUAGGCCUGUAUCAAGCGGUAUACAAACCUACGAUACCGACAAGAGCUUGUGGCCACUCAACCAAGCGGUACCGAAGUUAGAAGCUUUACCUCAGUGCUCCGGCGAGGCGCUGUACUCCUGCGACGCAGCGUCGGCGCCGCGAGACGUGCACGUCGCCUUCGUACUCUCCACGAUCUGUCUCGGCGAGAUCGUCGACAUUGACGCGAGUGAAGCUUUGAAAGUUCCAGGUGUCGUGGCAUUUUUAACUGCAAAAGAUAUUCCGGGAAAGAAUUCCUUCACUUCUCAGGAUUUACCCUGGCAGAGUGUUGAUGAAGAAAUACUGGCCAGUAAAAAGAUAUUGUACUUCGGCCAACCAAUUGGUUUGAUUGCGGCAGUAACAAGAAAGUUGGCUAUCAAGGCAGCUGGUUUAGUUAAAAUAUCGUACACAAAGUACAAUACAAAGCCAGUUUUAAGCAUAGCAGACGCCCUGGUCGCUCCGGAUAAAGAUAAACGGAUCUUGGAGGAAGUGAAUAUUAAAGCAAAUGAUAAGGGGAAUGACACAACUCAUACAUUUAAAGGACAUUACAAUAUCCCCGAUCAGUAUCACUUCACGAUGGAGACUCAGAGCUGCAGAGUGGAGCACACGCCACGCGGGUUACACGUACAGUCCGCGACACAGUGGAUGGAUUAUGUACAAGAAGCUAUUUCAAAAUCGCUGAAUUUAUCAUUAAACAGUGUGGAGGUGUCGGUGAACCGGCUGGGCGGCGGCUACGGCUGCAAGGCCUCCCGCUCCGCGCUGACGGCGUGCGCGUGCGCGCUCGUCGCCCACGCGCUGGGCCGCGGCGCGUCGCUCGUGCUGCCGCUCACACACAACAUGGCGGCCUUCGGCAAGCGACAGGCUGCUCGAUUCGAAUACGAGGUAGGUGUUAACGACGAAGGUGUAAUUCAACACGCGGACAUAGUCUUCUACUCUGACAACGGCAUAACACACAACGAAUCAGGUGUUGCAGGGAUCGCUGCAGUUAUGGGAAAUUUGUACGACAUUUCUAAAUGGAACAUCAGAGGGUACGAUGUACUUACUGAUAAAGCUAGUAACACCUGGUGUAGAGCUCCUUCAUCGACGGAAGCGACAGCAUUCGUAGAACAUAUAAUGGAACGAAUAUCAUACAUAACAAAAAAAGACCCAAUCGAUGUACGAAAAGUCAAUAUUGCGUCCAAACACGACGUUUUGAAAGAUAUGAUAGAGACAUUUAAAAAUGAGUCGAAUUACGACGAGCGCAGGGCUGAGAUCGAGAAAUACAACAAGGAAAACGCUUGGAAGAAGAAAGGCUUAAAACUAACAAUAAUGAGCUUCCCUGUAGCCUAUCAUGGAAGUUUCAACGUUACGAUUUCCGUUUACCACGUUGAUGGAACAAUCCUGAUAUCGCACGGCGGAAUUGAAAUGGGUCAAGGCAUUAAUACAAAGGCUGCCCAAGUUUGUGCAUACACUUUGAAAGUACCUUUGGAUAUGGUGAAAAUUAAGGGUUCUGACAAUUUCAUCGCUCCUAACAAUUUUGCCAGCGCUGGAAGUGUUGCAAGUGAAAGUGUAGCGUUUGCGACAAUUAAAGCGUGUAAAGAACUGUUGAAACGAUUGGAGCCGCUGAAGGAAGAGUUGAACGAACCGACUUGGGCGGAAGUUGUUAAGAGUGCGUACAAUAAAGGAAUAAAUCUACAAGCGACUGCAAUGAUGUCAACAUCAGAUAACUUACCCUCAUACGAUGUUUACGGAGUGUGUACCGCGGAAGUUCUCUUAGAUGUACUCACUGGAACUCACAUAGUGAGCAGAGUUGAUCUCGUAGAGGAUACAGGUCGAAGUCUUAAUCCGAAUGUGGAUGUGGGACAAAUCGAGGGGUCAUUUAUUAUGGGCCUAGGACUAUGGACGACAGAGCACUUGAUCUACGAUCCCUCGGGCCGACUGUUGACGAAUCGUACAUGGUCGUACAAACCACCCGGCGCCUGUGAUAUACCAGUGGACUUUCGCAUCUCGUUCACAAGAAAGUCUGUAAAUACUAUUGGAGUUUUAAGGUCCAAAACGACUGGCGAACCAGCUUUAUUAUUGUCAGUAGUUGUUACAUUUGCGUUACACGAGGCUAUUUUUGAGGCCAGAAAGGAAUAUGGUUAUAACGAUACGGAGUGGGUAAAUGUCGAUACACCGUACUGUGUCGAUAACAUCAUAAAAGCGAUUUCGCCGAAUAUAAAAAGCUACAAAUUGAAUUAAAUAUAUAAUGUAUUAUUGUUAGAAAUUAUUUUACAAG